AUGGCGGGUUUGAAUGUUUCCAUUGCCUUCUUUCUCUCAGUUGUGGCUAUUUGUGAGGUGGUCAGGCAGGUUUCCAAGAGACUUCUUCCUCUUGGAGUGUACCAUGAUCUUGUCAGAGAACUGGUCAGCUCAUUACAGUUGUGUGCUUGCUGCCUUGAGCUGAGGAUGCUGAUGGAUAUUGGUCCCUGGGGUGGUGGCUUUGGCCCAGAUGUGAUUCUGACCCUCCACUUCAUUCUCUACUUGAUUCAUGGUGUGUCUUUUGAUGGAGCUUCUGCUAACCCCACUGUCUCUCUCCAAGAAUUCCUGGUCAUGGAUUCCUCCUUUGUGGUUACUGCUGUCAAACUUCUGGUCCAGUUUGUGGGAAUGGAGGCAGCUGGGAUUCUCACCACACACUACUGGUCCUGGGAGCUGACUGACUUCCACCUCAUCCAGAAUCUAAUGGCCCUGGAUUGCAAUUCCUCUAUCCAUACCUCUUUGUACCAUGGCAUCUUUGUGGAAGGCAUCUGCUCUUUCUUUUUCCAUUUGGUGGCUCUCAAGUUCCAGCACAAUGACCCUCGGUACAGAGCGCCCAUCCUGGCAGCGACUGUGACCACCCUGGCUUACACAGCUGGGCCUUUCACAGGGGCCUUUUUCAACCCCACCCUGGCCUCCAUGGUUACUUUUCACUGCUCUGGGAACAUCCUGCAAGAAUACAUCCAGGUCUACUGGCUGGGACCCCUCACAGGGAUGCUCGCAUCCCUUCUCUUGUACCAGGGGACAAUCCCAAGGCUCUUCCAGAAGAACCUUCUUUACAGCCCGAAGAGCAAAUACCGGACCCCCAAGGGGAAGGCUGUGCCUGGGCUCAAAAAGACAGAAGACAAUGGGGAAGGGCAGCCGCAGCUGUGAACCAAGCCCCAGAGCUGAGUGAAGGGUGUGAGAGGGUCCCCUAGCCGCUGCCCAUCUCUCCCUUCCAUUGGGCUCCUCCCAUGGCCAGAGUGACAGGAGCUGGGACUGAAGACACCUGGCCAGCUCUGUGAUGUGUGAGCAAGCGCUCGCUGGGGACCACCGGCUUUUCAUGCCCCUGUGUAAGUGUACCAGCUGUUUUGGCCACAUGAGAGCAAUCCCUCAGUGCUGGCCUGUGGAGAUCUGGCUGUGAAACAGAACGUCGCCAGCUACCAUGCACACCACACCACUCUGCUGCUGGUCAGAUCACAGGCUCCAAUACUGUGCCAUAAGCACGACCUAAAGGGCACGUGCCUUCCAUCCAGUGCACACCCCUCCUUCCUGACCUUCCCCAGCCUGUCUCCCCAGGUGGAACGAAAUCACCACCACCGUUCUGCUCCCUCAGUGCAGCCAGGCAUCCACCCAUCUCGCUCCCCACCAGAAGGGCUGCUGCUGUUGCAGGGUCUCAGGGCUGCGCCCACACGUGUCUGUCCACUCUCUGGCUCAAACUCUGUCAUGUCACUGCCAUUGAAUACAAAUGUUACCUCCAGAUAGUGGAGCAAGUCCCCACAAGGCAUCUGUCUCUAGUGGCACAUUAAUUUCUUCCCCUGGAACAUCCAUGCACUGUCCUUUUAAAAACAGAAAGGCAAAGCAGUGACUGCUCAGUGAAACAGCCCAUUCCAAAGUGUCCUGCACUGUUUCACAACUGGCCCCUCUGUCCUAGAGGGGCUCGGGUGUCAGAAAGUUUUUCCUGCUUCACUCCAGCCUUGAUGGUGAAUCCAGUCCCAGGCUUAGCCCAGCCCCACAGGGGCUGUCUGUUUCUCCUUUGCCAACAGUGAUACAAGCUGAGCAGGAAAGUCAGCUGUAAUUGCUGCCCCUAGAUAACGGGUUGUACUCUAAGGGGGAAAUUCACCACGGAGGAGACACCCACACCCACUCCCACACCCUGUGUUACAGGAUCAGGUGGACCAUGAGCAGCCCCAGCCCUGGAGAACAGCUCGGUGUGCUCUGGAGAUGACUGAACUUGCUGUUUUUCUCAGUUAUGGUUUCUCCUGAUUGUGGAGCUGAGAAACAAAGCUGGCAAAGUCUGGCCACUGAUUAGCACCCCAGAGAUUGUUACCCAGCAGGAGAGGGGACAGGCCUUGUUAAUGAAACUAUUAUUUUCAUGUGCCUUAAGAGCCUAUCUGUAAAUCCAGCCAUCUGCUGACUGCACUGACUGGCUGGCAAAGUGAGUGCUGGGUCCUGCUCAAGGGUGCCGGGAUGGCCCUGCAGCUGUGCUGUGCUAGGGAACAGAGUGGGUUUGCAAUACAUGUGAGCCAGUCAUGCUCCUCUAUUGCUGUGCUGUAUGCCAGGGAAGUUAUACAGACUAAUCUGAGGCUCCACUAGGUCUUGUUCCCAAGUGAGGCCCCCACUCCGGUUCAUUCAGCACGCUGACUUUGAGCUCUUGUGCCCAGCCUUGCCAUCUGCAUGCAGAACCCAGAAGGGGACAAGGGAAAUGAUGAGGUUCUAUGAUCUGAGGGCCCUGUGAUCAAGCUCCCCAAUUGUUAUGCAAUACCUGCCCCUUCAUGGGAGAGUCCCUAAUAUUGUGCAGAGCCAAGAACUCUCAAAUGCACAAACUGAGGACAAAACUGUUGUCUCACUUGUGAAUUCCAAAUGGUUUUAUCAACUCCUGCAGUGUGCAAGGUGAUUCUCUUCUCUGGGGGUCAUGAGACAGUGAUUGUGUAGCAUGGGCUGGGUUUACACGUGCAGCAUCCAGAGGUGAAAGUAAGCAGGUUCGAUCUGAUAAAGCUUACCAGCAAAAGCCAGUACGCCAUGCCGGACCGGACUGGCUUCCCUGGUGAUGAUUUAAAGGGCCCAGUGCUCCUGCCACUGCGGGGAGCCCUGGACCCUUUAAAGCACCACCAGAGCUCUGGCAGCGGGGCUUCAGCAGGGAUUUCAAAUGCCUGGAGCUCUGCAGUGGCUGGAGCCCCGGGCCCUUUAAUUCACCGCUGAACCCCAGGGCUCCUAGCCGCCUCUGCAGCUGGUAGCUCCAGGGUGAUUUAAAGGCCCCAGGGCUCCCAGCCAGAGCCCCGGGGCCUUUAAAUCGUCUCUUCCAGUUGAGACCACGCCCCCACUCAGGACUCUGGCGUACCGGUAAGUCCUUUAAGUUACUUUCACCCCUGGCAGCAUCCCUCCAGCACAUGUGAUUGUUCUGUGAUAAAUGGUCAAGACGAGCGUCUAAGCUGUAAACAGGGCCACCUCAUGUGACCAAUCCAGACCCAAGACCCAGCUGGACAGCAGGGCUUGGAAGGGCUGUAGAAGGAACACCACGUGCUGCUCAACAGUGCUCCCUGGGCCCAAUUUGAGCAUUGCACUGAGCUACAAGAGUGUGGCUUGGCCAGUUCUCUGCUAGAAGUGCAGAUACUGGGGUGAGUCCUUCAAGGGUGCAGAGUUAAGAAUUAACUGAGCAUUUUAAGGGCUCAGGAGACAUUUUAAGGGCAAAACCGUGGUUUACCAUCAGCCCCUUUUCCUACCUGGUACUAAGAGCUGGUUUGGUAAAAUCGCAGUGAGGGGACUGGUCCCUGGCUGGACUCCUAUGUGCUCCUGGAGCACAAAUAAUAACAGACAGCUGCAGCGGCACAGGAGCUAGCAAAGAGAGCUGUAAACAGGGGAGUUUCAGUGGGAGCUCUGUUGGAGGAGAAGAUUAACAGGAUUUAGGUGGGAAGGCUGUGGCAGAGGCAGCAGUGGGAGUGACCCAUGUAGUGGAAGACACAAUGAAGAUGACUGGAUGUGGAAGCUGUGGUAUGUACAUGAUCCUGGAGGGGGUACCUGGUAAGAGUUUUCUCUGCAUGAAAUGCCAUCUGAUAGAGCUGAUGGAGGAAAAAAUCGGAGGUUUGGAGAUGCAGGUGGAAAGUCUGGUUGAGUUUAGAAAGGGGUUCGAGCAGAUUAUGGAGCAAAGACAUGAAGAAUCUGAAGGGAAAAGCUCAGACUUGCAGAUGGAAGCAGGACUGAGGAAUUCUGAGGGGAGACUGCUGGGUGAGGAAAGUGGUCAGUGGAAGCAUGUGACUAAAAGAACCAGGUAGAGGAAAAGACAGGCUAGUGAAGGAGAAAUAGAGCUUAAGAACAGGUUUGCAGAGUUGGAAAAUGAAGAAGGGGCUCAGCAGGUAGUCACUGAAGGUGGAAGGGCAAGGAAGAGGAGAAGAGCGGUUAGUCCUAUAGGAAAGGGGAAGAGUCAAUGGAGACUACACCAAAUAUGAGCCUCAGGAGGAUACAGGUUGGGUUGAAGAGGAUUAAAAGGGAGAAUAGGAAUGGAAAGAACUUGCAGCCAGAGGGAACAGGGGAUAAACUGGAGAAUAGCACCGUCACCAGGAAAAGGCAGGUCUAUGUGAUCUAAAUAUCUAAACAAAUACUUUGCCUCAGUCUUUAAUGAGGAUCUUAGGGAUAAUGGUAGCAUGACAAAUGGGAAUGAGGUUAUGGAGGUAGAGAUUACCAUAUCUGAAGUAGAAGCAAAACUCAAACAGCUUAAUGGGACUAAAUCAGGGGGCCCAGAUAAUCUUCAUCCAAGAAUAUUAAAGGAAUUGGCACCCGAAAUUGCAAGCUCAUUAGCAAGAAUUUUUAAUGAAUCUGUAAACUCAGGGGUUGUACUGUAUGAUUGGAGAAUUGCUAACAUAGUUCCUAUUUUUUUGGCUUGUUUAGCCUAACUAAAAAAAGGUUUAGACGAGAUAUGAUUGCUCUCUAUAAAUAUAUCAGAGGGAUAAAUACCAGAGAGGGAGAGGAAUUAUUUAAGAUCAGUACCAAUGUAGACACAAGAACAAAUGGAUAUAAACUGGUCAUUGGGAAGUUUAGACUUGAAAUUAGACAAAGGUUUCUAACCAUCAGAGGAGUGAAGUUUUGGAAUAGCCUUCCAAGGGAAGCAGUGGGGGCAAAAGACCUAUCUGGCUUUAAGAUUAAACUUGAUAAGUUUAUGGAGGAGAUGGUAUAAUGGGAUAACAUGUUUUUGGUAAUUAAUUGAUCUUUAACUAUUCAUGGUAAAUAGGCGCAAUGGCCUGUGAUGGGAUGUUAGAUGGGGUGGGAUCUGAGUUACUACAGAGAAUUCGUUCCUGGCUGGUGAAUCUUGCCCAUAGACUCAAGGUUUAGCUGAUCGCCAUAUUUGGGGUUGGGAAGGAAUUUUCCUCCAGGGCAGAUUGGAAGAGGCCCUGGAGGUUUUUCACCUUCCUCUGUAACAUGGGGCACGGGUCACUUGCUGGAGGAUUCUCUGCUCCUUGAAGUCUUUAAACCAUGAUUUGAGGACUUCAGUAGCUCAGACAUAGGUGAGAGGUUUUUCACAGGAGUGAGUGGGUGAGAUUCUGUGGCCUGCGUUGUGCAGGAGGUCGGAUUAGAUGAUCAUAACGGUCCCUUCUGACCUUAGUAUCUAUGAAUCUCUGAAUAAAACAAUUGUAUGUUCAAACAUAGCCAGAAAUGUGCCAGGGAGGGGAUCUAGCAGCAGGAUUGAAUGAGACCCUGCGAGGUUCAAAGGAUCCUUCAAGCUCUCCCAGCGAAUAGCUGCUGCUUCUUGAUUAGCCGAGCACUGAAAACUCUGGUACCAGGAGUGUUUGCGCUGGAGAUAAAAACUGGUGAAUAAUGUGAGUUGCACAGAACUGCCAGGACUUGAUUCUGUCUGUUUCAUUGCAUCCUGUCCUGUUGGCUCCAGGGAGGGCAAAAGGGGACCUGCAAGGUAUUUUAAACCCCAGAUUGAGAUUUUCAAAACGGUCUGAGAUUUAGAUUCAUAUUCCAUUAAAAUCAAUGAAAGAUGUGUCUAAAUCCCACAGACUGCUUUGAAAAAUCUCAGCCCUUUUUAACAAGUAAAUUAAUAGAUUCCAAGGCCAGAAGGGACUGUGGUGAUCGUCUGGUCUGAUCUCCUGUAUAGUACAGGCUGCAGAACAGCCCUCCAAUAAUUCCUAGAGCAGAGCUUUUAGAGAAACACCCAGUAUUGAUGUAAAAAUUGUCAGUGAUGGAGAGCUCAUCAUGACCCUUGGUAAAUUGUUCCAGUGGUUAAUUACUGUCCCUGUUAAAAAUGUUCGCCUUAUUUCCAGUCUGAAUUUGUCUUGCUUCAACUUCCAGCCAUUGGAUAGAGUUAGCCCUGUAGUAGGCACUGAAUGCCCCAGAUAGCAAUGUGAAGGGUAAUAGAGUACAUCAAGUUAAAUGUUUUUCCCCAAAAUAAAUCUCAACUGCUCAUUUGCCGAAAUACUCCAACCCUAUUUAUUUGGAGUUUUAAGGGUAAUGCAACCCCAUUAAAGAUGGUUGAUGUGCAGCUUCCAGCGUAUUGCAGGUAGUUCCACUUAUUAAUUUAUCUGAAUAAAUCUCUUGUGAUGCUGGAAAAAAACUCUUUGAACACUGAACAUUGUGGAUUAGUAGGAAGCAAGUCCUAAACAUGUAUUGGUGAUGCUGCUGAUGCUGCUUGGGUUACAAAUGACAUCACUUAUUGGCAAGCGGGGGCUAUCGGCAAAAGGCUCAAACAUUCAGUUGUAAGUAAAAGCAAAACCUUUCAAUGUCAAAUACAGGUGGUAGAUUGACACUAAUUUUCACCCUUUGAACUUCCACAAAGCUCAGUGCAGCUUCUUGCAUGGACUGUGAACAAGAUAUUUUGCUCCAGAAACUCUAGGGGAAAGGAAAACUGGAUUUACAAGUUAUGCUAUAUCUUUACUGGAAUUCUACUGCUCUCAGAAAUCUGUAGGGCAAAAUGUGAAGUUGUAAAGACAGACAAAAACCACACUUAGGCCUGGUUUACACUACAGAUUUAUGUCGAAUUUAGCAGCCUUAAAUCGAAUGAAUCCUGCACCUGUCCACACAACAAAGCCAUUUUUGUUGACAUAAAGGGCUCUUAAAAUGGGUUUAUGUACUCCUCCCUGACGAGGGGAUUAGUGCUGAAAUCAACAUCACCGUUUUGAAUUAGAGUAUUGGCCUCUGGGAGCUAUCCCACAGUGCACCAUUGUGACUGCUCUGGACAGCACUCUGAACUCGGAUGCACUGGCCAGGUGUACAGGAAAAGCCCUGGGAACUUUUGAAUCUCAUUUCCUGUUUGGUCAGGAGAGCUCAUCAGCACAGGUGACCAUGCAGUCCCAGAAUCAAAGAGCUCCAUCAUGGACCGAACAGGAGGUACUGGAUCUGAUCGCUGUAUGGGGAGAGGAAUCCAUGCUAUCAGAACUACGUUCCAAAAGACAAAAUGCCAAAACAUUUCAAAAAAUCUCCGAGGCCAUCAGGGACAGAGGCUACAGCAGGGACGCAACACAGUGCCGUGUGAAACUUAAGGAGCUCAGACAAGCGAACCAGAAAACCAAAGAAUCAGACGGAUGCUCCAGGACAGAGCACCAGACAUGCCGCUUCUAUGCAAAGCUGCAUGCAAUUCUCAGGGGGGCCGCCACCACUAUCCCACCCCUGUCCGUGAACUCCGAUGAUGGGGUACUCUCCGCCAUGCCUGAGGAUUUUGCGGAUGAGGAGGACAACGAUGAGCUUGAGGAGAGCACACAGCACACUGUUCUCCCUGACUGCCAGGAUCUUUUUAUCACCCUGACUGAAAUACCCUCCCAACCCAACCAAGCCGGAGAAGGGACCUCUGCUGCAAAUGUUUCAAGCCUCCCUCCUCCGUCCUAAAGGCUAUCUCAGAUAAGGCAGCGAAAAAAAUGCAAGCGUAAUGAAAUGUUCUCUGAGCUAAUGCAGUCGUCCGACACUGACAGAGCUCAGCAGAAUGUGUGGAGGGACACAGUAUCACAGUGCAGGAAAGUGGCCAAUGAACCUGAGGAGAGGUGGCGGCAGAAAGAUCAGAGGAGGCAUGGGGCAACGCUGGGGCUACUGCGGGAUCAAACGGACAUGCUCCGGCGUCUGGUGGAGGAUCAUGAAUGGUAGCAGGAUCACAGACUGCUGCUGCAGCCCCUGUUUAACCGCCCUCCCUCCUCCCCGGGUUCCAUAGCCUUCUCACCCAGAUGCCCAAGAAUGCGGGGGGUGGGGAGGAUCCGGACUCCCAACCACUCCACCCCAGUGGACAGCCCAAGCAACAGAAGGCUGUCAUUUAACAAGUUUUGAAGUGGCCUUUUCCUUCCCUCCUACCCUCCUUCCACACCCCACCCAGGCUACCUUUUGAGUU